CUCUUUCUCCCUUUCCAUACCAUAAAAACCGUUUGCGGACACCGCUAAGCGAUUCCUUUUACUUUCUCUCUCUACACGAACCAACCCAGGAAAAACAAAAAAUAGUUGGAUAUUAAAUUCUCUAAAUUACCUUGAAAUUGUUAUUUCAUACCAUUUUCAACCUCUUUCUCUAUUGGUUUUUUCCCCUCCGGAUUACUGCAGUGAAUUUUUGUGUGUGGGUAUAAGGACAAAUGAUUGUUGAGAUCUCUACUUUCUCUGAGUGUUGCUAGGAUCAAAGAUGAUGAUGUUUCUCAGAGAAUGGUUGCAUGUGAUAUUUCAGGAACUGAUGUCGCCACUGCUACUUUUGGCUCAAUCAGCAUAGCCGAGGUGUCUUUACAAAAGAAGAAUUAUCAAAGUAAAAAAGACUAUAAAAGUUGUUGAUACUUUAGAAAGUAAAUAUCCAACAGCAAGUGUAUCUCCUGUCGGAGGAGGAGUGGAUGCUAAGCUAAGUUGAGCCAGAAUCAGGCUACAAUACCAACAAGAAGUGGCAGGAGAAGAAUAGUUAAGAAAGCAUUUCCAGAUUUCAAUUUCUUGCAAAUUACAAGAAAAUUAAGCUAUUGCAGUAAGCACACCCGUUCAUCAAUUUGGGGUUUGCUGGGAAAUAUGGUGCAAGCUGUUGAACACAACAGCGCACUCGAGAUAGCUCAAAGUGAGCACAUAAAAUCAAAAACAACAAAGAAUGGUCAGGAAAAUGAGAGGCAGGGUAAGAAUCACACUGGUCAAAACUCGCGGAAAUCAAAGGGAAAGAUCUCCAUUCCUACAGGCCCAAUCACCUUGAAAGUUAAAUUUGGUUCACGUUGCCUGAUGGAUGUUGUUCCUCUUAUUGAUGAUCACACUGGCAAACAGUGCACUAUGGGAAAAGAGUUCAAAGAAUUGCCAAAUGUUGCCAGGAAUUUUGAUGAUCAGCUGAAGGGAGAGUUGCCCAGUCUGCAGUUCCGCAGGUGCAAUGGGAAUUUGGAUAAUGCGUAUGUUUCUGUAUCAGACAUAUGCCAAUCUGGAAAGAAGAUCAGUCAAAAUUCAGUGGACAAACUCUUGGACUUUCACAAUGACUCAUUUUCUGAGGAGGGGACAUCAAUUGAUAACAGAUGCUCAGAUGCUGGAACUUCACCUGACUCAGAAGUUAUCAACCUGGUUCCGGAUACUCAAUUAAAUGAGAGAGGCCGAGAAGAGUUGAAUGAUUUAAUUAUGCCUAAGCCAUCUGUCGCUCCUGGUGAUGUUCUGAGUUUGCGUGUGUAUGGCAGGAGCAAGAAAGGAAGGAAAAUAGAUAGUCUCCCAAAGUUAGCCAGUUCUGGUGUGAAAGAUCUGCUUAGUCCAGAUAGUAUAAGCAGUUCUCAAAUAUUUGGGCAACUCAUCCAAGGAGAAAAAGUACAAGGGGGAUCUUGUUGUUCUGAUACUUCUGCUCUGACACCAGGGCGGAUUGGCUCAGGCAACAUAUCGAGCACUGAGAUUGUUUCAGGAGAACUGUUACCUUGUUCAGGAGUGUCAGACAUAAGUAUCUCCUGUGCUACUUCAAAGUCUGAAAGUGGCAUAGAGGGUAAUAUUUGCUCUAGCCUUGGUACUGAGUCACCAGAGACUGAGUUGUUGUCUGAGAAAAAAGUAUCCUCUCAUGAUGGACAAAAUGUUCCCAAAGGUGAAAGAUCAGAUGUAUCUGGCAAAGUCAGGUCACAAGUCCCGAACCCUAAGUCAUCCAAAAGUAGAGGAAGUUCUUCUAAAAAGAAGGGAAACAAAGAAAAACAAGAUAAUAAGCUUGAAGUGAAACAUGAGAGUGACCAUGUCACGAGUUUAUGUGAGAUGAAACACCACCAAGAAACAGAAAACGAAGCACCAUACGGGUUUGGAGAAGUUGGAUCGAGAUAUAAAACCUUAAAUGGAGGCAUUUCAGACUUGGACAUUACACGGGGUGUGGUCAGUCAGCCUUGUUUACAACCAAGAAAUGCCUGGGUGCAGUGUGAUGAUUGCCUGAAGUGGAGGCGUAUAGCUUCCGAACUUGCUGAUCAAAUUGAUGAAACAAACUGCAAAUGGACUUGUAAGGAUAACUUGGAUAGAGACUUUGCUGAUUGCUCGAUUGCACAAGAAAAAUCAAAUUCAGAAAUUAAUGCUGAGCUGGAAAUAUCGGAUGCCUCUGGUGAGGAAGAUGCCCUCAGUAGACACUUGAAUUCAAAUCAAUCAGGACAGAAGAAGGCACUUGUUGCCCAUCAAUCAUCUUGGACUCUGAUCAGGAGAAACUUAUUCUUGCAUCGUAGCCGCAAAAGUCAAACUAUUGAUGAGAUCAUGGUCUGCCAUUGCAACCCUCCUUCACAUGGCCGAAUGGGCUGCGGAGAUGGAUGCCUGAAUCGGAUGCUCAACGUUGAGUGUGUUCGAGGGUCUUGUCCAUGUGGAGAGCGCUGUUCGAAUCAGCAGUUCCAGAAGCGUAAGUAUGCUAAAUUGAAGUGCUUCAAAUGUGGAAAGAAGGGUUAUGGCCUGCAGCUGCUUGAGGAUGUCUCCGAAGGGCAGUUUCUUAUAGAAUAUGUUGGGGAGGUCCUGGAUCUGCAUGCGCACGAGGCAAGACAAAAGGAGUAUGCCCUGAAGAGUCAUAAGCAUUUUUACUUUAUGACACUUAAUGGCAGUGAGGUUAUAGAUGCGUGUGCUAAAGGGAAUUUGGGCCGUUUCAUUAACCAUAGCUGUGAUCCUAAUUGCCGUACAGAAAAGUGGAUGGUCAAUGGAGAGGUUUGCAUUGGACUCUUUGCUCUAAGGGAUAUCAAGAAGGUAAAGUGUCUCGUUCUGAUUGUGAUUUUGCUGCAAAUGUUUUACAAUUUACAGGAUGGUUGUUGCUUUUUCCUAGUUAGUGAAGUAGAAAAAUGGAUUCUUCUCAUGUCUUACUGGACAUUCCAGUUAUAUGUAAGGGCAACGAAUACAUAAGGAGUAGUUCUGAGAUCUUUAACACCUAAGCUGGGGAAUUUGCAUUAUGGUCCCCGUGGUAGUUAUUGGCGUGUUGUUACAAUCACCAUAACAUUCCAUUAUCACAUUUAGCAAGUGCUUUGGAGAUUGUUUAUAUACUUCUUAUUUUAGUAGGUUGUCAGUGAAUACAUGCAUACUGCUUGCAGAGAGAAGUUACUCUUCCAAAAAAGUACAAUCAGCCAAAAAAGACAUUGUUAUGAAUUAAGAUUUGCCACUUAAAGGGCAAUUCAUGGUAGAAUUGUUGGUAGAAUCUGGGUCUAAUUUUAGAUGGGUCAUUUAGUUGUUCUGGCCUUUGGGCCUUGAUUAUAGAGAUGUGUUUGGGUUGCAUUCCCUAUUACUUUGUUCUUGUAAAAAAGGAAUUUCAUGUGGAAAUAUGUUGAGAUUAUGUUCACAGAUAAUGAGUUUCAAACUUCUGAAAACAUUACUUAUCUGCACGUGGACUCGAUCCCUAUUGCAGAUUUGAACAGGGGAUUGUGAAAACUCUAUGUAGGCACUCUUGAAGAGGUGUAUUAACUAUUCUUAGUUGUGCUAAAUGCAUGGUUUUCGAGAGUUAGCACUCACUUCUAAGCUGCAGAUUAACUGUUAAAGCUUUUUAACCCAAGACUUGCCCUUCAGUUAUGUUGCACUAUUUAUAGGAUUUAUAUAUUCCUAUGAAAUGAGUUCAAGUCUGUGUAGGUGCAAUGAAGAGAGUCUUUUAACUAUUGCCUGUUGCUAGGUAAGUACUUGUUGGUGUUUCGAAGUUCACUAAAAAUGCUUUAAUUUUCUAUCCUAACUGUAGCAAGUGGCAUCCAUGUGUCAAAGAAACUGUAGCAAGUGGCAUCUACGUAUCAAAGAAACUGUAGCAAGUGGCAUCUACUUAUAAGUUUUGCUGUAGCAAAAGUGGCAUAUGAGCAAGCAAUGUUCAUUUGAACCCGGAUCUUAGCACAAUGAGAAUAGUGAUGCUUGAGCUUUCCUUACAUAAUCUAGUUAAGUUAAUUUUACAGAUAAUUUCCCAGAAGAAAAUUGUAGUCUAGGUCUAAUUUGUUGAAUUUGUUUCUUCAAGCUACUUAAUGGAUGAACAGAAAGUUAAGUGCUUUCAUUGGACACCGAUAAUUUUGUGAUAGGUCAUCUGCCUGUGAUGAUUUUAAUAGUACUCCAGUUUUCACUUGUUAUCAAGGAAAAGGUCUUAUUUUUUCUCCUUCUGGAAAAAAUAAAUAACAAUGUAGUUUUAGUAGUACACUUGUAUUAGCUGCUGAAUUCUUGAAGGAAGUUUAAGUAGUUUUGACUCGGAAAUAUAGUUUAGGUUUUUUCCUUUUCUUCUCCCCUACUCCCUCUAUGGAAAAGGAUUUACAUUAUAUAUACACGUUUCACUUUGUUUUUUUAGAUGGGCGUUUCGCUUUGUUUUAUCAUCUAAUUUUUUAACCAACAUCGUUGAAGUGCAGCAAAUUAAGUGCUUGGAUAUGGGCUAUCACCUGCUACCCUUAAGUUUGUUAAAUGCAAUAAACCAAAUGAAACCUCUUGGCCUCUUUCUACUGUUGGAAUGUUUUCCAUCUUUCUAUUCUGCUCUCUUUUUUCUUUUUCGCCUUUUCCUUAGCAGAAGCCUGUUUCUUUCUCUGCUUUUCAUGUUUCUGGUGAGAGGCGGGUGGGAGUGAUGGGAAGAAGUAAAUAGGCA